UGACGCACACAGAAGAAAGCGGCGCAGCGGCGUGAAGCCUCUUCAAACACCAUGAACUGACAGUGUUAGUGUUGGCUGUCCUUGAUGCACAUGGAGUCCUCUGUGACAGACUCGGAGGUCCGCCUGACGGUCGCCCGGUGUCUCCGCUCGCUCUCUUCCUCCUCUGACACUGAAGACACCGUCGCAGCUCUGCAGACGCUCCAGUCUUACUUAAAUGAUGGACCGGAGAGUGAAACCCCUGCAGCCCAGCGGGCGGAGUUCAGGAGAGCCCACUACACUCGCACUCUUCAGUGUCUUGUCAGUAACAUUCAGGCUGACUGGGUUCACAGCCUGAAGGCCGCGCAGCGUGUGGAGCUAUGGGAUGCUCUGUUCCUCAAAGGCCCUCCAGAGCAGGCGCUGCUGGUCCUGAUGCAGGCCGUGCAGGAGCUGAGACCCACAGCAGGUCUGGACCGCUUGCUCGCCGUCACGGAGCAGUUCCUCCAGCGCGGCCGUCUCACCGAGCUGCUGUGGUCCUACUGCUCGGACGCCGCUCCCCCCGACUCCCCGCAGUUCCGGGAGACGCUGCUCGGACGGAUCAGCGCUCUGCCCGACAUCGUCGCCAACAAGCUACAGCGCGGCAGCAGGGGCCUCUUCCUCCCGCAGCAGUACUACCCGCUGCUCGCCGCUGGAAUGGUCGCUGCUCUGGAGCGCACCUGCCAGGCGCUCAGAGAUGGCCGAGACUGCUCUUUGACCUUCGUGGCUCAAACGCUGGGAAAAGUGUGCAUCCAGGGUCACAGCGGUCUGGUCCUUGCCGUCUUGGCUCCCCGGCUCUCUGCGGCGUCCCGCUCGGACAUGGUGUGGCAGAGGGUUUGCUGGAAGCUGGUGGAAAACGUCCCCCAGCGGUGGAUGGAGAGCGUGCUCACCGAGCUGCUGCAGGCCGUCGCAGGGCCUGAAGCUUUGGGACGGAUCAUCGGUAAUCUGGUGUUGACAAAUAAAAAGGCUCAGUUCGUCAUCAUUCAUAAAAUUCUUUUACUGCAGUAUAAAUAUGAGACUCGGGUCUUGAGAAGUGUUCUGGGUUACCUGGCAGCCGACCGGGAGCGACGGCCGCUCCUCCUCCAGGUGGUUCGCUCCGUGUCCCAGGCCUGGGCGAACCCCAGUGCGGUGAAACACACACCUCUGGAGCAGCAGCUGUACGUCAGCAAGGCAUUACUGCUGAGUGUGAGUCUGCUGAAAGACGCCGAGCGGCAGGAGCUGCGCUCAGAGUUGCUGCAGUGCAUGCUGGGCGGCAUGCAGAGCCAUCUGGACAGCGGCGUGCCGCGGAUCAGGCGCAUGGGCAUGGUGGUGGGCGAGUGUCUGAGCUCCUGCAUGGACAUCAGUGGAGCCAGGCUCAAGUUUGAGUAUGAUCAGGAUGAAGAAACACGCGAGCUGCUUUCUCUCAUGACUCCCGUCGCCUGCGACGAGCCGGAGCCCGAGCCUGUGAACGGGUUUGAUUCUCCACAAGAAACCAAUGAAACGGCUCCAUCAACUGAGGAACCUCCACCGCGAGAUAAAUCAUUGAACACUGACCCACAGUCUGACCUUGACAGUGACGAUGAGCUGACUCCGUACGACAUGUCCGCCGAUCAGGAGAUCAAUCAGGCGUCUCCGCCUCGCUACCUUCGAGACUGUCUGGAAAGUCUGGUCUCCUCUGAGGAUCCGCUGCGUGUGGAGCUCAGUCUGAGAGUGUGUGAGAGUCUGGUGCGGAGGAACGUCUUCGCAGCGAGAGAGAUCAGUGUCCAGAUGUCCAAAGUGCUUCUUCACAUGGAGAAUAAAUACAACAUCGGCGGCUUCCCGGGUCUCAGACACGCGGCCAUGGUGGCGCUCACCGCCACCGACUGCAUCCCAGUGACGCAGUAUUUGACCACGGAGUUUUACUCUCUGAAUUACAGUCUGCGGCAGCGGCUGGACAUCCUGGAGGUCCUUGCAGCAGCGGCUCAGGAGCUCUCCAGGCCGAUCACGGAGAGAAGAGACCCAGCCCGUGACGCUGAGGCGGCCUCCGCCGGCCCGGCGCCAUAUCCCGGCGACAGCCCGGAGCACUGGAGGCAGGUGGUGGAGAAGCGAAUCCGGAGCAAGACGAAAGUUCUCAGUAAGGGUGCAAAGCGACCUCUGAUCCAGGCGAGCCCAAACCGUUACGCCGCGGUGGCGGGACACUUCUUCUUCCCUCUGCUCAGGAAUUAUGACAAGCCUCAAGUGACCUUUGACCUCCUGGGUAGUGACCAGCUGGUGUUGGGCCGGUUCAUCCACACUCUGGGCCUCUUGAUGCACCUGGCAGUCAAUGCGCCGAUCGCGUCCCAGAUGGGCUGCGCCCUGCUGGACUUCGUGUGGACAGUGCGAUACCAUUCUGACCAGAUGGUGAGACGAGGCGUCCUCUUCUCCGUCUGCUCCGUGUUUGUGAGCAUGCCCAGCCAGAGCCUGCUGCUGGACCUCAGUGAGCGGCUGUUUGAGACCAGAGCGUGGCUCGCAGACGUGGCCGAAGCAGACCCUGACGCAGACUGCCGGAGUCUCGCCGUGCAGAGCUUGGUGCUGCUGGAUAAAAGCGUGAAGAAGCAGCUUGAGGAUCCACAAGCUGUGGGUCUGGAGUCAUGACCGGGGCGACAGCAGCGAGGGAGAAAAUCCCACAUGGGAGGAAGAACACACAUAAACAGACCUGUGCUCCCUGUACUUUCAUAUUCGCACUUGUUCUAAUAGUGGCUGGAGUGCUGAGCUGUCAGGAAAUGUCGCUCUGGGUCUGUAUUCUGACGUUUGGCGCCGGCCUGCUGGGAACGAGUGACACCGAUGAGCCACUGAAGGAUGUCCUGAUCGUGCAGGUGCUGCACUUCUUUCCCCGUUUCCUGGAACAGGCGGUACACGGCGUGCACAUUUGUAAAAUGCUGCAUUGUUUGGAUCUGAUUGACGUUUGUUAAUGGACCAAAGUAUGAAUGUCAGAAGAAGAAAGCUGUGUUUUUUUUUUUCUUUUCUCUGAAUGCGACCAUUUGAAAAAUAUUGAAGUGAAUGUUGUGAGGAUAUCCUCGUCCAGUUAUUUCCUGCACUGACGUUUUUCUCUGUUAUGCGGUUGUUUGUUUGCAAAGGACAUCCUGCAAGUCCUGUGAGUGUGUUCACACACUUCCAGUGAAAUAAUGGAAAUACUACUACUACUACUUCCUGCUGUCACGAGCAGAGAAAUGAGUCUUCAUCUUCAAGCACCGCCGCUAUAAAAAUCAGGAAUACAAGAUUGUUCUCAUGGGCCUGACUGCAUUAGUUUGGUUUUUUGCAUUGUUAGGUUUCCAUUGUUUUUAUUGUGUUCCUGAGGUUUUUUCACAGGGUUUGUUCUCACAGUGCAGAAGACAUACAGUCCUCCCCACUGACAGGGGAUUGCCGUAAUCGAUAUGACUGGAAAGGAAAAUCACCAUCCCUGUGGGACUCAGACACAAAAAUGAGCAAAAUCGGACUGUAUUUUCAAGACGAUGAUUAGUUUUUACAGUGUGUUUAACGUGGAAAAAUCUGAGCUCAGAGUCAUAAAUAACACCCAGGUUUCUCAACUUCAGAUUUGCUGAUUGCUAAUUUCUGUAAUUUCAGCUCUUAAUUUCAGCCUUGUCCUCUUUGAGCUGGAAAAAGUUUUCUAACAUUUGAGUUUUGAUAAAUAAGAUCUAAAGGAAAAAAGCGUCAUAUCUAGGUGAAUGUCCUGCAGAGAGCAUGACAACUAUCUCAAAUACACAGCCGGGCAACCAAGGUGUGGCUCCAUAAGAAGCAUUUCAAAGUCCUGGAGUGGUUGAUCUGUGGGGUUGAGUCUCUGUACUUCAACCCCAUUGAAAGUCUGUGGACGGAACUGAAAAUACAUGCUGCCUGGCGACAGCCUAAAGACAUCACUGCUCUAGAGGAGAUCUGCUGGAGGAAUGGGUCAAAAUACCAGCUACAAUUCAAUUCAAUUCAAUUCAAUUUUAUUUAUAUAGCACAUUUAAAAAACAACUUCCGUUGACCAAAGUGCUGCACAGCAAUACAGAAGUAAAAGAAAAGGAUAAAAUAACUAAAUAAAGUAACAGGCUCAGCUAAACAUAAUGAAAAAAAAACACACAGAUAAGACAAAUAAGACACCAAGAAUAUACUCCGGUUUUGCUAGUGUU